AGCGAUGUGCAUCGCGAUGCGCAUGCAUCUCGCGGCCAGGUGUUUUUGUUUUCAUUUUGAACGCGAAGACGUAAAUUUCGGUGAAAGUCCUCGCAAAGAAAAACCGUGUGUAUUAAUGGUUUUAAAACUAAUAACAGCAAAUUACCUGGAAAGUUAGUGCAUUUUUCUACAGUUCAUCUCAAGAUGGUGAUACUAAACUACGACCAGUACAGUGAAAUCCAGCAAUUUAUUCACAAGUUCAAAGGUUUGUCCAUUGACUGCAACCGCGAGCUGGUAAAGAAGUUCCCCCAGCAUAGUCCCGAAAUGCUCGGAAGUAUCCUAUCUCGAGAGGUCCAGCACCGUUUGAAGCAAAGCCAUGGCAAGGUUAGCGCUCGUGGCGAGGACCUUUUGGCGGACUACAACCGGAAAGUAAAAUCCACCGGAGAGUUGAACAUUUUGCUGCGAAUGUCCGUUUCACUGCGAAUACCGCCGCUCUCGCUUUGUCGCAUUAUUCUGCUGAGAAAAUACUCCGAUAAAACGCGACCGGAAAUCAGUGAUAUGAUCAAAAACCCGGAUCUAAUACCGGACUCUGUGCUGGGGGCCAAUGUGAGCUACUGUUUGUACAACGAAAACAUGGAAGGUCCCAUCACGGACACAAUCCGACGGUGCAUCGGGGAAGAAUACGAAGUUAAGCUGAAAAAAAUGGCCCGCGAUUUGGGGAUGGUGUUCUACGACGAAGGGGAUUUGCGAAGAACGGGAUACGAUAAAACGCCGGAUCUCAAACUGGCCAUUCCCUGCAUGUACAAAGGGCGUGUGGUCAACUGGAUCGAGAGUAAGGCUUCUUUUGGGGAUAUGGAUUCACAUUUAAAGUACGUUAGGGAUCAGCUGAUGAGUUAUGGAAAUAGGUUUGGUAGCGGCAUCGUCAUUUACUGGUUUGGCUACCUGGAUAUGAUAGCAGAUUGUGCUGAAAAUGGAGAUUACGUGACCGUAGUGGACAGAUUUCCGGGACCGGAUGAGUUUGAGUUCCUCAAGUUUAAUAUUCCCGAGACAUGUAAUGAUAUACUCGAUGGUGUCAGCUAGUACUAGUAGUACUGUUAGUAAUUAUUUAUGUAUUGUAUCGUGAAGUAUAAAAUUUUAUUAUAAAUGUUCAA